AUGCUCCGAAGGCAGGCUUCGCUCCUGUUAUGGAGCUUGCUGCUUCUCCUCGUCAACCCCAUUCUCGCCCAAGACUCCAACCCAGAUUACACCUGCUCCCCAACAAAAGGAUGCACCCUCGGCAUCUGCGGCAUGGGCCCAACUUUCUGCGCCCCCGGGAACUGCACCAGUCAGUGCGACGCCAAAUCCGACUGCGACCCAGGCUGGGGGCCCGAGUGGUCACAGGCGACCAACUGUCCGCUGAAUGUUUGCUGUUCCAAGUUUGGGUUCUGCGGCACCACGGCGGAUUUCUGUGAUGGGAAGACUGUUCCCUCACCGCAGUGCCCGGGCGGGAAGAGCGCGGAUCAGAGGACGAUUGGGUAUUAUGAGGGGUGGAAUUUGGGGAGGUCUUGUGGACGAAUGGCGCCGGAGGACAUCCCGCUGGGCUAUUACACCCAUAUCAACUACGCGUUUGCGUUGGUGAACCCGACAACGUUUCAUAUCGAGGAUAUGGGGCCCGAUACUGCGGCGCUGUAUGACCGGGUUUCUGCUCUCAAGUCCAAGGAUCCCGAUCUCAAAGUUUGGAUUGCGGUCGGCGGCUGGGCUAUGAACGACCCGGGCCCGUACCGCACCACCUUCUCCGAUCUCGCGGCCUCGACAUCCGCCCAGGACGCCUUUUUUGAAUCCCUCAUCACCUUCAUGCGGCGGCACAACUUUGACGGUGUCGAUCUCGACUGGGAGUAUCCGGUUGCGGAGGACCGUGGCGGCGUUCAGGCUGAUUUUGACAAUUAUGCGACCCUGGUGCGCCGUUUGCGGGAGCGUUUGAACCAAUCUGGUCGGGACUAUGGUCUUACGAUUACGCUGCCGGCUUCGUAUUGGUAUCUUCGUGGCUUCAAUUUGCAGGAUAUCGAACCGCAUCUCGACUGGUUCAACAUCAUGACCUACGACAUCCACGGAACCUGGGACAGCACAGUUAAAGCCAUCGGCCCCUAUGCCUUCGCCCACACCAACAUGACCGAAAUCCAACAAGCCCUCGAGCUCCUCUGGCGCAACAACAUCAACCCAGGCCGAGUCGUCCUCGGUCUAGGCUUCUACGGCCGCUCCUUCACCAUGAAAUCCCCUGAUUGCCUACACGCCGGGUGUGAGUUCACCGACGGCGCGCGGGGUGGAGAAUGCACAGGUACGCCGGGUGUGCUGUCGGCGGCGGAGAUUAAUACGAUUAUUGCGGCGGGGGGGACGACGGUGACGCUGGAUGAGGAGGCCGCAGUGCAGAUUGUGACGUGGGACUCGAAUCAGUGGGUGAGUUAUGAUGAUGCGGGGACGUUGAAGAGGAAGUUGGAUUAUGCGAAUUUGAGGUGUCUUGGAGGGACGAUGAUUUGGGCGAUUGACUUGGACGAUGGGACGUUGAUUAAUGCGUUGGGAUCGGAUUUGUCUCGGCCAAAAUCGGUGCUAGGCCAGCGUCCGCCUAGUAUCCCGGAUUUUGAAACGCACUGGGAUGAGCUAUAG